UUUAACCUCGCCAAAGAGAAAAAGGUAGCUCAGCUUUUGCCAAUUCUCUCUCAACCCCAAGAAAAGCACUCUCUCCUCAAACCCCAUUUUCACGAGAAGAGCUAUCGUCCAGAGAGAGAGAGAGAGAGAGAGAGCGUGACAGGGUCUCUGAGAAAUGUAUACCAGCGUGCAUGGGAUGGAGGCGGCGGCGGCGGCCGCCAACGGCGACGCCAUCGCGCCGUUCGUCAUGAAGACCUACCAGAUGGUGAGCGACCCGGCGACGGACAACCUCAUCGCCUGGGGCAAGGCCAACAACAGCUUCAUCGUCGUCCAACCCCUGGACUUCUCCCAGCGCCUGCUGCCCGCCUACUUCAAGCACAACAACUUCUCCAGCUUCGUCCGCCAGCUCAACACCUAUGGUUUCAGGAAGGUCGAUCCGGACCGAUGGGAGUUCGCGAACCAGUGGUUCCUCCGCGGCCAGAAGCAUCUGCUGAGGAACAUCGUGCGGAGGAAGCACAGCAAGGGCGCCUACUCGCAGUCGAAGGGCGGCGGCGACGCCGACAUGGACGAGGAGGAGCUGGCUAGCGAGAUAGCGAGGCUGAGGCAAGAGCAGAGGGCCCUCGAGGAGGAGAUUCGGGGCAUGAGCAAGCGCCUGGAGGCGACCGAGCGGCGCCCUCAGCAGAUGAUGGCCUUCCUCUACAAGGUCAUCGAAGACCCGGAGCUGCUGCCUCGGAUGAUGGGGGAGAGGGACAGGAACAAGCGGUUGGCGGUGGCGAGCGGCGACAAGAGGCAGCGGCUCAUGAUCUCGUCCGCCGCGGUGUCGUCCUCCUCCUCGUCGGGCAUGGGGGUCUCGAGCUCGAUCAAGAGCGAGGACGACGAGGAGGGCACCAACUUCGGGGUCAUGUCCUCGCCCGAGGUCGAGGGGAAUCUGGACAUCAGCCGCUUUUGCGACUUCGCUGCGGUUCCGGCCUCGUCGUCUUCGGCUUCAAUCGAUGGCGGGAUCGGCAGAAACAUGGCCUUCUCGCCACCCUACAACGACGUGGGUGGAUACGGCGGCGUGGCGAACAAUCAAUUCGGGUACUUUACGGAAAUGGCGGUGGCCGGAGGGGAGGCCAGUCCGCCGACGCCGCCUUAUCCUUUUUCCCUCUUGGAAGGUGGCUUUUAGUUGCCUUAUCACGAAUAUUAUCUUUCAUCUUAUCCCUUGUAUUAAUUCCUUCUAUUUUCUUUUUAUUUCUCCCUUCUUGGUCAAUAAUUCCCCUUGUAAACAGCAAAAAAAAAAAAAAAAAAAAAGAAGAAGAAGAAGAAGGAUCGAUUACGUGUUCAAUUUACUACUUCCGGCGGAUUAGCAAAGUUAGGUGAUUCUAUUCGAGGAAAAUGAUGUUCUUUUAUAAGCAAGAAUAAGCAUGACUACAAUUAGAAGCAAGAAUCGAGGAACUGUGUACUUGGAAUGACGUUGAAUGUUAGGAAAGCUUUAGGGUUUUCCCCA